AUGCCCCACAUCACCGAGGCGCCGCUGAGGCUCAGCAAUGCCAACCUCGCACAGUUCUCGCAGGCCGAGACAACACCUGAUUACGACCGCACAAAGUUGAAGCAUGGUAUUGUCCACGUUGGUGUAGGUGGUUUCCACCGCGCACAUCUUGCUGUCUACGUCGACCGCCUCCUCUCCAAAUUUUCGGCCAACGAGUGGUCAAUAUGCGGUGUUGGGCUCACUCCCUUCGAUGCCUCCAUGCGAGACGCACUAGGGCCCCAAGACCAUCUCUACACCGUCAUCGAGCGCUCUGCUCGGGGAAGCUCCGCACACAUUAUCGGCUCAAUUUCCGAUUACAUUUUCGCACCCGGCAACGAGGAGGCCGUGAUUGCGAAGAUGGCUGAUAAGGACACCCACAUCGUAUCUUUGACGAUCACUGAGUCAGGUUACUACUACAACGAAAACACACACGAGCUCGAUGUCUCAGACCCGAACAUCCAGUUUGAUCUCACUGGUGAUGGACCACCCCGCACAACCUACGGAUAUCUCACUGCCGCGCUUGCGAGGCGUUACAAGGCUGGCCUGAAGCCCUUCACUGUCAUGUCUUGCGACAACAUGCAGAAGAACGGCUCAAUCAGCCGUAACAUGCUUCUCGCAUUCGCCCGUCUCAAGGAGCCGAACAUGGCUGCAUGGCUAUCCGAGAACGGAGCUUUCCCCAACAGCAUGGUUGACAGGAUCACUCCACGAACAGUCGAUGAGGACAAGCAGGGCCUAAAGCAGCAGUUUGGUAUCGAGGACGCUUGGCCUGUCGUUACCGAGCCUUUCAUGCAGUGGGUGCUCGAAGACAACUUCAGCGAUGGACGACCGCAAUUCGAGGAUGUCGGCGUGCAGGUUGUACCUACCGUCAGAGACGUGGAGCAGUUCGAGCUGAUGAAGCUGCGACUCCUGAACGGUGGUCACGUUGCUAUGGGAUACCUUGCCUCCCUCGCAGGAUUCACCUACGUCCACGAAGUUAUCGCCGACCCGCUCUUCUCCCAAUAUCUCAACGACCUGUGGUACGAAGAGGUCAAGCCUCUCCUGCCCUCCAUUCCCGGUGUUGAUGUCGACGAGUACAUUCAGACGCUCCACUCGCGUUUCUCGAACCCCACUCUCAAGGACGAGGUCGCCCGUAUCUGCCUCGGCGGGUCCGGAAAGAUGCCUCAGUUCAUCCUCCCCUCCAUCGCUGAGCAGAUCGAAUCCCGUGGCCCCAUCGGCCGCCUUACACUUUGCGUCGCCGCUUGGUUCCGCUACCUCAGUGGCAUUGAUGAGAACGGCAAGACCUACAAGAUCGACGACCCCAUGGCCAAGGAACUCCAAGCCCUUGCCCGUGAGGGUGGUGCGAGCCCCAACGCCCUCCUCGGCGUGCAGACCCUCUUCGGUGACGACCUUCGCUACGAUGGUCGUUUCGUGCGUGAGAUCACCAUGGCCAUGCGCACGCUCGACCGAAGAGGCGCUCGCAAGACACUCGAGAAACCCACGUCGCAGACCGCGACACAGCUCACGGCGUCCGUGGGGUGGAGGAUGUAA